AUGUAUACCCAAUCCUUCCUCACCCUGGCCUUGACGGCUUUGGCUGCUGCCACACCUAUGGAGAAGCGUGCGACUGGAUCGACCUCCAAUGAAUUCACCCAAGGCGGUUGCAGGGAUGUUAUGUUUGCCUUUGCUCGUGGUUCCACUGAGAUUGGCAACAUGGGUACGAUCUGCGGUCCCCAGACCUCGGACGGCAUCAAGGCUGCCUUCGGCGAUGCCAACGUCGCAACGGAGGGCAUCGAAUACGCCGCCGCCCUCGCGCCCAACGCCAUGCCUGGCGGCACUGACGCGAAGUCCAAGCAAGCGAUGGCCGACAUCCUCAACCAAAUGGCGGCACAAUGCCCCGACAGUGUCAUCCUUGCUGGAGGCUAUUCCCAGGGCGCCGCCGUUUCCCACCGUGCGAUCGAGUCUCUCGAUCCCGCUGUCCAGAGCCAGAUCGCUGGUGUCAUCCUCUACGGCGACACCCAGAACACUCAGGAUAACGGCCAGAUACCUAACUUUGACCCGGCCAAGACAAAGAUCAUCUGUGCGAACGGCGACCAGGUGUGCGAUGGCACGCUGACCAUCUUGCCGCCGCAUCUGUCGUACGGAAGGAACGCGGCUGAUGGUGCGGAUUUCUUGGUUCAGAAGGCUCAGACUGCAAUGGCGGCGAAGAAGGCGAAGAGGGCGGAGAUGGAGGCAAAGCGCGAGGUUGACGAUCUCGCAAAGAAGAUGGCGAAGGUUGCUGUGAACAUGGUUGCUUAG